CUUCCAGGAACGCUGGAAGUGCAGCUGGAGAGAAAGGGGGGGGGGGAAUUGUGAAACAGCUUUCCUUCAUAGAGUUACAUUGCUCAUCAUUUGGAAAAAGACCAGUAGAAGUACGUUAACGUCGUGUAAAAUGUCGAGCUGAACUGCCUCAUCUUUGCUCUUGAUCGGCACGAGACUUCCUCGAUAUAGAAUAUAAUGUCUCAGCUUGGAAGCCUGUUCACCCAUAUCAUCUCCAAAUCUCCUGAAAGUGUCCAGGACCAGAGCCCACACCGGACACCUAAACUACCUGACUUUAUUCAACAUGUCAGAAAACUCACUGGAAUAAGAAAGGAAGAUGUUUACUGCAACCUGCGUAUCCCUGACAAGCUGCAGUCUGCCAAAGAUGACAUAAACAUUGUUAUCCUCACAGGCCAGGGGAUCUUCUGCAUAGAUGUGAAACCCUGGAGAGGUACAGUGUCCGCUCACAACCAGAACUGGCAUUUGCAAGUGAAAGAAGAGGACCACAACGUAACCAAUACCUGCAUUGAGCAGAUUGAGGAUCCCCUCAAAGCUAUCAUGACCAAGACGGCUAACUUCUGUGGCCAUUUGAAGCGAAGUGGAGUGUCAGUGCACCAAAGCCUCUUCUUCCCCAGGGUUAUCUUCCUCUCCCCAGACUGCGAGCUGGAUGAGGAGCUGAGGAAGAAGAGGGAGCUGGUCCUCCAAAGCCAAAUAGACGACUUCCUCAGAUCUUUCAGGGCGGGCUACAUGGCCUGGAUAUCCGACUCUCUGACUCCAUCCUGGCUCUCUGGUCAUCUGUCGUACAGGCAGAUGGAGUCGGUGCGGGAGGUCCUGAGGAGGGUGGGGACGUGGGAUCUGGUGCGCCUGCAUUGUGGCGAGCAGCUGAAAGGAGACUUCCAGGGCUGCCAGUACAUCGCUCUCAAUCGGCAGGAGACAGACACGCUGGAGUUUUCCAGACUCAAGACCCUGUCGGCUGAUUCGCUGUGGGCCCUGCUGGGACACGCUCCUCAGGUGACAGUUAAAAUGUACAAGCGUGGACCGCAGGGCUGGCUGGGUAAAUCCCUGAUCGCCACCACCACCAUCCCCCCCAACACCUGUGUGAUCUUCAGGAUCAGCGGGGAGGAAACAGAUGCCAAAAUCUCAGCAAACACCAUUCACAGCAUCACACUCAGCCACUGACUGUGUGUAUUGGCAAAACAGAGGAUAGCAUCACUACAUAGCGCUGUGGGAAGAGGAAGCUCUCUUUAAUAUAACAAAAAACGUUGCUCAAACCUUCUCAUAUUUUUACGAGUGCCUUUACAGUGUUUGUACUUUGUGAUAUAAUAUCUUAAAAACACUUUCUGAAUGUCUUUCCAUGAUUUUGCGAUUGUCAGUGGCAAUGAUAUGUUAAUGCAGAUGGUUUCAUAAUUAUCCUGAUUAACUUUCCCUUGUUUUGGAUUUCUAGGGCUGGCCCACACUUUACACUAGCCAUUAAUUAAUCAUUACACUAGCUGAUUGUCACGUCAGUUCAGAAUUGAAGUGUUUAAUGUGUUAAUUGUGGCGGUCACAAAGCGGUGGCCCCUGCCCCGAUGAGGGCCGAGCAUCCUACUGCCUCUGUGGGAUUCAUGGGCAGUGAUUUACGGUCUGUUUAGACGGUGUAACUGUAAGGUGCUUUAUUAAUAUGCUCCAGCGCACGGAGGAGAUGAUAACAUAUUCAAGAGCGCACAGGCGCGGCCACCAGCUACAAUUCAUAACUGAGUCACUUUCCAUCAGUUACCAGGCUUGCACAGCUGCGCUAACAGCUAGCAAUUGUAUUUACUGUGCCUGGUAGUGGGCAAAAUGAAGUUAUUUCCAUCAAGAUAUCAGUGCCUUUAGCUAAUGCAAUAGAAGCAGCUCUCUGAGUUGAUGGUAUCUCUUUGCAUGGCAUCUCUCUACCUGAAACAUCAUUACACUGUACUCAAGCUCCUCACUUUUUCAAACGUCUGUUUACCAUUUUACCUGAGGGUAAGAUUUGGAAAACAGCACUGUAUUCUUUACAUUUGUACUUGCACAUUUGUAAGAAUGUGGUUCUUUUUCAAAUCUUGUUUAACAUUGCUUGAAUUCAAAAGGUUUUGGACAAAUGUGUUGUCAUUUUUAAGCUUACCAAGAGUUUCCUCAGGAACGGUUUUGUACACAGAACUUAAAAAGCAAUAUUGAUAAUAUCAGACAAUAUGGGAAGAAAAUGAUUUAAAGAGAUAUGUAAUCCUGAGUGCUAGGUGCAUGCAGGUAAAUAUGAAUGUUUUUGCUCCUUUUUUUUGCUUUAAGCACUUUCAGUAUCAAGCCAACUUGAUUGUAACCCAACCCUUCAGUUGAUUGAUUUAGGCAUGGUUGUUUUGUAGGUGUUUGUGUUUAUAUUUGUCAUGGUAUUCUCAAAUGUGUUUUUACAUGUAUUUUUACUAUCUGGUGUCAUAAUAAAAAGAUGUAAUGCUUUAA